AUGUUCUCACGAUCAAAAGCUGAGCGUGCCUGGAUGGUUGCCAUUGGCCUAGUUGCCACAGGCUCCCUUGUCAAUGCUGGGCCCUGCGACAUCUACAAAUCUGACGGUGCUCCGUGUAUUGCUGCGCACAGCACCACUCGCGCCCUGUACAGUGCAUUUAGUGGCGCUCUUUAUCAAGUCAAGCGUGGCUCUGACAGUACCACGACCACCAUCUCGCCGCUUACCGCCGGUGGUGUUGCAAAUGCUGCCGCUCAAGAUACCUUUUGUGCCAACACGACCUGCCUCAUUAGUAUCAUCUAUGAUCAGUCUGGCAACGGCAACCACCUGACCCAGGCUCCUCCCGGUGGCUUCAAUGGCCCAGAUGUCAAUAACUAUGACAAUUUGGCUAGCGCAAUUGGUGCGCCGGUCACUUUGAAUGGCCAGAAAGCAUAUGGAGUUUUUAUCUCACCCGGCACUGGGUACCGCAACAACGCUGCCACAGGCACAGCGACAGGAGAUGAAGCGGAGGGCAUGUAUGCAGUCCUUGACGGGACACACUAUAACAGCGGUUGCUGCUUUGACUAUGGCAAUGCCGAGACAAGCAGCACUGAUACCGGAAAUGGUCACAUGGAGGCCAUCUACUUUGGCACGGAGACUGCCUGGGGCACUGGUGCUGGCAGCGGCCCAUGGAUCAUGGCAGAUCUCGAGAACGGUUUGUUCUCCGGCUCGAGUUCUGGUCAAAAUACUGCGGACCCAUCUAUCUCCUACCGGUUUGUCACUGCGAUUGUGAAAGGAACGGCAAACAAAUGGGCACUUCGUGGCGCUAACGCUGCAUCGGGCUCACUAUCAACCUACUACAGUGGCGUGCGCCCCACUGCAUCAGGCUAUAACCCCAUGAGCAAGGAGGGAGCCAUCAUUCUUGGUAUCGGUGGCGACAACAGUGUUAGCGCCCAGGGCACGUUCUAUGAGGGUGUGAUGACCUCUGGCUAUCCUUCUGAUUCCGCAGAGGCCUCGGUGCAAGCCAACAUUGUUGCUGCUAAGUACGCCACUACAUCGCUGAUCAGCGGCACGACGCUCACAGUCGGUAACUCCAUCUCGCUUCGGGCGACAACAUCUGGCUACACGAACCGCUAUCUGUCACACAGCGGCACUACAGUUAAUACUCAGGUUGUCACGUCUUCCAAUACCACCGCCGUGAAAGAGGAGGCUAGUUGGAUUGUUCGUACAGGCCUCGGUAAUAGCGCCUGCUAUUCCUUCGAGUCCGUCGAUACCUCUGGCAGCUACAUCCGGCAUUCUGACUUUGUGCUGUAUGUCAAUGCGAAUGACGGCACAAAGCAGUUCUACGAAGACGCUACAUUCUGUCCGCAGAGUGCUCUCAAUGGCCAGGGCAGCUCGAUUCGAUCCUGGAAUUAUCCUACUCGCUAUAUUCGUCACUACACGAACGUUGGAUACCUUGCGAAUAACGGUGGUGUUCACACAUUCGAUUCUGCAACUCAAUUUAACAACGAUGUGAGCUGGGUAAUCAGUACUGGCUUUGCCUCCUAA